AUGGGGUUCAGUUUGUCUGUCUUGGGUCACUUCUUCAAGUCUGAAUUUGAACCAAAUGUCACCACUUUGAUCAAUGGCGAUAGAGUUGCCGAGGCUACACAAAUUUUCAGAAAAAUGAUGGAGGGAGGUACUUGUAAGCCCGAUGUGGUUACUUUCGGCACAUUGAUAAAGGGCUUGUGCAUCAAGGGCAACAAUGGUGGAGCUAUUCAACUGCUCAGGAGGAUGGAACUAUCUCCAGAUUGUAAGCCUAAUUUAGUUGCUUGUAACACCGUCAUUGACAGCCUUUGUAAGGAUACACUAAUUGCUGAUGCCUUCAAUCUCUUCUCGGAAAUGACUAUUGCCCCUGACGUCAUUACAUAUACGUCCUUGAUUCAUGGAGUUUGCAGCUUAGGCCAGUGGAAACAAGCUAUGAGGUUGUUAAAUGAAAUGGUCAAUGAAAAGAUAUUUCCAAAUGUGCACACCUUCACCGUCUUGGUAGAUACACUUUGUAAGGAGGGGAUGGUCUUGGAAGCGAAAAGCGUGAUUGAAAUGAUGAUUCAAAGAGAUAUUGAACCUGAUACAGUUACAUACACUGCACUUAUGGAUGGAUACUGUUUGAGAGGUGAAAUGGGGGAGGCAAGACAAGUCUUCGAUCUAAUGGAAAUGUCUCGUAAGGGAUUGUUUCCAGAUCUUGUGACUUGUGCUGUUUUACUGGAUGGCCUUUGUAAAAACCGACAACUUGGUAUGGCAAUAGAGUUGCUUAGAGAGAUGGAAGGCAAGAAAUUGCAUCCAGAUAUUGUAAUUUACAAUAUUCUCAUGGAUUAUUUUAUCAAAGCUGGAAAAGUUGAAGCUGCAAGGGAUCUAUUUUGCUCUUUAUCAUCAAAAGGUCUUCAUCCUAGUGUUAAGACAUAUACUACAAUGAUUAGUGGAUUUUGUUACGAUGGCCGAAUUAGUGAAGCAGAAACAUUGCUUAGAGAAAUGGAAGAGAGAGGCUGUUCUCCAAAUGAUGUUACCUACAACACAUUUAUCCGAGGGCUUAUCAAUAACAAUGAGACAUCAAGGGCGAUGGGUCUUAUUCAUCAAAUGGUGCAGGGGGUUUCUCUGCAGAUGCAUCAACAAUGGAAGUGA